AUGAAGAAAUCCAAUUGGCUGACCAACGGAAUAAGAAAAUUAUCGCUGAGAUCAGAGAACAACAGCUGUAGCCUUGCAAGCGCCUUCAACACCCUUGCUACCGGGCUCGGCAGGAUCACUCAGGGCAAGAUUGGCAUCAGCCCCGACCGCAGCUUUGACUACGCCCCCCCCCCUGAAUCCUUCACUUUGAUCCCCUGUAGACCAAGUUUGACCACUCAGAAUAGUGGCGAUGGAAGCAGUACUGCGAGCCAUUAUGGCGGCGCAAGCUCCACCUCGAUCUCCUACGACCUUCCAGGAUGGUGUGCGGCCGUAUUGAGCGUGCUUCGCCUGCCAGAGCAGGCCGGAAACAACUCAACGACGAGUAGGAAUGAGACAGCAACCGAGGAAGCCGGAGGGCUCAUUGGCAGAGACGAACGGGUUCUGGGUCUAUCUCUUGCAUAUCCAUCAGCUCGCCCUCUUACAGCCCUGGCUCAAGCUGACCACCAGUUGUGUUGCCGCGCGUCCGGAAGCCUGCCCCAGCAGUUCGAGACAUUCGCGCUUCGGUCCGCGCCAGCAGCUACUGGCGACCUGGUCAUGAUGGUCAUUGAUUGCACGAUGUCCCCGACCCCUUUUGGAUUCGAUGCGGCGAAGGACCACCAAAAACGACUCCGGCCCCCUCUCAAUUUUCCUCUCCAGAACACGGUCCCCCCUUCCUGCAGCGCAGAUAGAUGA